CUGUCAAAUAAAACUUAAGUAGUGCGACAGUUUGCUAACAAAGUUCCAAAAUGGAAAGUACAAAGAAACAGUGUGAACAUGAAUAUGAUACGCCAGUAUGUGUGAAAUGUAUUUUGUCCAGCAAUUGGAGAGAUUCCCAGCUAGAACUUUUGUCGGACAUUUGCGAUUCACUUGGUGGCACAAAGAAAGAGAAAAUACGCGCAGAUCUGUUGGAUUUAGAAGAAAAUAUUGGACCCAAGUAUGACUCAAAUCUCGGUGAAGUUGAAGCCUUGCUUUCCAAAAUCAUCAAACAACACAAAGAUAGGAAGAAUGUUAUCUUAGAAUUGGGGGACGAAUUACAUAAGGUUGUUGACCUUGUCAUCAACAAAUAUCUGUCCGAAGCGGGAAAGAUGGAAAAAGAAGACGUAGAUUUUGUCCAGUCUAUAAAAUCGAAAUUUAAGUUGUCAACAUCAGAAAUAAAAGCAGCAAUAAAGGAGUGUCGUGAAUUUCUAGCGACAGAUAACAACAAAAAAUUGGCAAAGUAUAAAUCGAAGAAUAGCAAAUUCAAGAAUAUGCCCACCAGAUAUGAGCUGUCGGUGAGUAGGUUUCAACCACAUCACCUUACUGAAGAGAAAUUGUGUCAGAUAGUUGGAUCUCUACAAUCUUCUGUCAGGAAGGAAAUAAAAGCUCCGGAAAACAAUAUUUCUGAUGCGGAACCCAGCUUAAUUCCAAGCCCAGACGUCCAUAGUCCAGCUGAACCAAUGUCAAAAGUGAGCAGUGAAAGAUGCGAGCAAAAGAAAUCAAAGGCAGAUAGGCUAUCAGAGCUUAAUGAUUUAAUGGAUUCCAUUUCCCAGGCCACAAAAGAUAUGGCUCCGCUGGACACCAGCCCAAAGGUAACUAAAAAGCUUUCUAUUCCUAAAGAAUUCAACUCGAAAAUCCCAACCAGUCAAAGGGGCCAAAAGGACAUUCGCUCCAAAACUGCAUUGGAGGUAGAGUGUCCUUUGGAAUCCAAAACAAAGCCUUCGUUGAAUUUGAAUGGUCACGUCGAAUCAAGUGCAGAGUCUCCAAAUCGGCAGAGCAGCCCUUUGGUCUCUAGUGUUCAAGCAGCCACAGAACAUAACGGCCAUAUGGAAGCGAAAUCAGAUCACAAAUCUAAAUCAGAGAUAACUGUUUCUAUUGAAAAGAGUCUAGAGAUAGAUAUUCCUGCCGCAUCGACUUUAAAACCAUCUAAACCCCCAAAUAGUGAGAUGGAUCCAAAAAUCCAAAUGGAGCAACGAAGCACUGGAGAAUAUUCAAAGGUUACAACAGAGCUAAAUGUUCCUUUGAAUUUCCAAUCAAAAGCAACAGCAGAACUCGCCAAAGAGAGCCCUGUGAAUUUACAUUUGACAGAAAAAUUAAACGAUUUGACAAGUUUGAGUCCAAGUGGCAAAAAAGAGGUCAAAACUCCAGUAGAAUCAAGCUCAGAUGUAAAAUCAGAACUCAUGAGUUUUGCAGAAUCUACAUCAAAUGCUACCAAAAUGGCCAAUAUCCCGUCGGAAAUAGAAUCAAAACCAAGGGAUGUGCCCGAUGACUUUCUUGAAGCCAGUAGCAAAUUUGCUAAUGUACCUAAAGUUACAGAUAUUUUUGAAACAGGAUAUACAUACACCUAUAAGAUUGCUUGUGCCAGGAGUACAAAUCAAAUUUUUAUCUGUGGAAAUAACAAAGUCAUAAAACAGAUGAACUCUGCGGGUAAAUUUGUAGAGAAAACUUCCACUGAUACUGGAAAUCAACCCUUUGACCUGACGCUAACAAGAGACGCCCAACUUAUCUUCAGUGACCACAAUGGAAAAUGCAUCAACCUAGUGAAGAAUAACGGUAGAAUAGAGAGCUUGGUCAAACUACAAAAAUGGUUUCCAAUGGCCAUUUGCAGCACAUCCGUUGAUGACCUGCUGGUUACCAUGGAAUCGCAGGAUCUUGCCACAUGCAAAGUAGUUCGUUAUAGUGGAUCCACGGUGAAACAAGAAAUUCAGUACGACGUAAGAGGCGAGCAGUUGUACUGCAGAGCUGAUUUCAUCGAUGAAAACAAGAAUCUUGAUGUUGUCGUAUCUGACCUUGGGGCCAGACGUAUCGUGGUGGUUGACAAGUAUGGUAUAUUUAGGUUCAAUUACACCGGGAAUCUCCAGUCAGAGAGGUACAAAAGCUUUGGCUGCUCGGGCGUAACCACAGACACCAAAAGCAACAUCAUUGUUGCAGAUGAAUAUAACGAUGUGUUGCAUGUUAUUGAUCAGAAUGGACAAUUUCUCAUGUACAUAGAUAACUGUAAAUUACAGCGACCAGGGGAUCUCUGUACCGAUAGUGAUGAUGUACUAUACGUUACAGAACCUGUUGCCAACAAAGUGAAGAAAAUCAAAUUUUACAACUAAAUGUGUGGAGAACAACAUGUACAUUAGCCAGAAUAUUGUGAAGUCAGAAUUAACAUUUUGUAAGAAAGUUCAUGACGUUCGUGGAAGUGAACAUUGUUAGAGGAGAAACUUGACAAGCGACAAUUACGAAUUAAGUAGAAUGUUAAUGAAUCUAAAAAGAAAGUAAAACCACAAUUGCUGUAAGAUGUGAACUCAAUGACACGCGUUGCUUGUCAAGCAAAAUAUAAAUAGUAGAACCAGGAAAUUUGGCAAUGUCAUCUGCAAUGUCGCGACGAUAACACAUUUUCAUAUUUCCAUUGGUUCUUAGAUAUUUUCUUAUCUAUUUUACAGUCGCUUUUCAUUCAUUAUAACAUAACCAGAUUUAUCGGAAAGACGAUCCUGGUGCUUUUUUUCGAUCUUGUCUUGAAAAUAUUAGGAAUCAGAUAUGUAAAGGAAAAGCUAUCAACUAAUAUGAUAACGUGCAUAAUUAAAGUCCAUGUCUUAGCAAAAAAAAGUAUUGGCCAUUUUUAAAGGAUAAGUGUAUUUUGUUGCGUUUUUGGUAUGUUGAAAUACAUGUAUUAUUCCAGUACUUCCAUAUGUCAAUUAUCAAUGUUCGUUUCAUUGUAAUAAUGAAUAGGACACUUUUUGCAAUGUUUUCAUGUAUCAUUGCAUGCAUUAUGUUUAAAUGCUGUGUUUCUUGUAGCCAGAGAAAGGAAAUUAUUUUUUUUAAAAACACACAUUAAAAAACAGCAUUCAUCACUGUCAUGUAUUUAGUUUUGAUAAUGAGAUUUUGCUUUGAGCGGUCCAAUAAAGUUUAACAGAAAGUUUAUAGUGAUUGGUAUUAAAACUUAUAAUGGUUAUAUUUAAUGCUCGAUUUGUCAAUAAACAGUAUCCCUCUUGGAUAAUAGAUAUUGCUCCAACAGGAACCCGUAAAGUUAAUGUGGUGAAGUACGAUUCUAUGAAUAACAUAUAAAAAGUGCAUCUUGAAACAUCAGUUUAAAAAAUCCCUAAGUAAUACCUCCCUCA